UUCGGCGUUCGUCGCGCACGCGUAUCCGGUUCAGAGUACAAAAAUAUCAUUCGUUAUUAUCGUCGUACAGCAGAUAAUAUUAUAUUAUUGUUAAAUUGUUAUUAUUUUUAUAUUGUAAAUUAUUAUUUUUUGUUAUUACUAUAUACUAUUAUCGUGUUGACAAUAUUAUAUAUUAAAUAAUACUAUUGUAACGUCGUGUACCGUUAGCCGCGAUAUCAUUUACACUCGCGUCGUUAUCUCUUUGGAUUUACAAAAAAAUCGCAGCCAUUCGGUCGUCACUAAUAAUAUUUUACCAAGUUUUUUUUUAUUAAAAAUUAAAAUGGAGAAUUCUGAAGGAGUGAAAAUUGAAUCAACUGUUGUUGCAGAAGAGCCAUUGAUUAGUGCUUUAGAUAUUGCUCUUUUUGUUGUCAUUAUAACAGUAGCAUAUUUUUGGUACUUCAAAAGAGAUAAACAGUCUAGUUCUUCAGAAAAAAAACCCUACACUAUUCAACCAUCUUCAUUGAGUUCUAUUGAACAGACCUCCAAUAGUUCCUUCAUAAAAAAACUAAAAUCAACCGGACGUAGUUUGGUAGUAUUUUAUGGAAGUCAAACAGGAACUGCAGAAGAAUUUGCUGGAAGAAUAGCCAAAGAAGGGGCUAGAUAUAAAAUGAAAGGGAUGGUAGCCGAUCCUGAAGAAUGUGAUAUGGCAGACUUGGUAGAAAUGAAAGAAAUACAAAAGUCAUUGGCAAUUUUUUGUAUAGCAACAUAUGGUGAGGGAGACCCAACUGAUAAUGCUAUGGAUUUCUACGAAUGGCUUCAAAAUGGUGACGCUGACCUAGAAGGAUUAAAUUAUGCAGUAUUUGGAUUGGGAAAUAAGACUUAUGAACACUAUAACGAAAUUGCCAUUUAUAUCGAUCAACGUUUGGAAGAAUUGGGUGCUACUAGAGUUCAUGAAAUUGGUCUGGGAGAUGAUGAUGCCAAUAUUGAAGAUGACUUUGUUUCUUGGAAAGAAAAAUUAUGGGAAAGUGUUUGUUCCCAUUAUGGUAUUGAAGAAACUGGUGAAGAAAGUAAUAUUAGACAAUACAAAUUAGUAGACUGUUCUGAAGUUUUACCAGAACGAAUAUUUUCGGGUGAAAUAUCACGACUUAAAUCUUAUGAAAAUCAAAGAUUCCCAUUUGAUGUCAAGAACCCAUAUUUAUCCAAAAUUGUAGUUAAUCGUGAGCUGCACAAAUCUGGCGACCGCUCUUGUAUGCAUAUUGAGUUUGAUAUUGAUGGAUCAAAAAUGAGGUAUGAUACAGGUGAUCAUGUGGCUGUCUAUCCUAAAAAUUCUUCCGAAUUAGUAGAUAAAAUUGGAGAAUUAUUAAAUGCUGAUCUAGAUACUGUUUUUUCAUUAUUGAACACUGAUGAGGAAUCAAGUAAAAAACACCCAUUCCCUUGUCCUUGUACUUAUCGAACAGCUUUAACUUAUUAUUUGGAUAUUACUUCAAAUCCACGCACACAUAUUAUGAAAGAAUUAAUAGAAUAUGCAAGUGAUCCAAAGGAUCAAGAAAAAUUAAAGCUUAUGGCAAGCUCAACCCCAGAGGGCAAAAAAGAAUUUCAUGAAUGGAUUUUACGUGACAACCGUAAUAUUGUUCAUAUUUUGGAAGAUUUACCAAGUGUUAAGCCCGAUUUGGACCAUUUAUGUGAACUACUUCCACGAUUGCAGUGUCGUUAUUAUUCAAUUUCCUCGUCUCCAAAAGUGUAUCCAAAAUCUAUUCAUAUUACUGCAGUUCUAGUAAAUUAUACUACUCCUACUAAUCGUGUUAAUAAAGGUGUUGCAACUAAUUUAUUAGCUCAACUGAAACCAACCAAUGAUGAACUUCCACAACCUACUAUACCUAUUUAUAUUAGACGAUCUCAAUUUAGGUUGCCUCCCAAAAGUCAAACUCCAAUUAUAAUGAUUGGUCCUGGCACAGGACUAGCACCAUUCCGAGGUUUUAUACAAGAAAGAGAUUAUGCACGCAAAGAAGGCAGAGAAAUUGGAGAAAUGGUACUCUACUUUGGAUGUCGAAAGAAAGAUGAAGAUUUUAUUUAUGAAAAUGAGUUACAAGAAUAUGUUGCAAAUGGAACUUUGACAAAGCUACAUUUGGCAUUUUCACGUGACCAACCUGAAAAGAAAUAUGUAACACAUUUGUUAGAACAAAAUGCUGAUGAAUUAUGGAAUAUAAUUGGUGAAAAAAGUGGUCAUUUAUAUGUUUGUGGUGAUGCAAGAAGCAUGGCAAAGGAUGUGCAUAGUAUUAUUGUAAAAGUUGUUAUGGAAAAAGGUCAAAUGACCAAUAGCCAAGCACUCAAUUAUGUUAAAAAAAUGGAACAACAGAAAAGAUAUUCUGCCGAUGUAUGGAGCUGAUUUAUAAAACUGUUACAGACUUUGUCUUUUAUAAAUGUACAAUGUUGAACAAUUUUGUUUAGAAACAAUUUAAGAAUAAUUCAUUUACUAAAAAAAAAAAUAGUAACAACAAAAAUGGAAGAGAUGUGGGCUUCUUAUCUGUUUUAGUUAUUAAUUUAUUUAUAUUGUUGUGAAAAAUGUAUAAAAGAUAUUAUAAUAUUUCUGUUUUGAAGCUAUUUUAAAUUAUAUAUGAUAAAGUUUACUGU